CUCUGAGAAACCCCUCCCUUCUCCUUAGGUUAGCUAAGCUACACAGUGCAACACCAUCCACAUCUAAGAUGACAGUCGCACCUAACAUGGGCUCCCGAAUGGCCUUUAUCGGUCUGGGAGAGAUGGGCAAGGCAAUGACUCGCAAUCUUCAUCGCGAUGGAGAUCUCACCAGCCCAUUGACCCUCUGGAACCGAACCAAAAGCACCGCGGACGCCCACAGCGCUGACCUCGGAGGAGACUGUAAAGUGGCCGAAACCGUGCAGGAGGCGGUCGAGAAUUCCGACAUCAUCUGGUCAUGCCUGCAGAACCAGUCCGCGGUGGAGCAGGUCUUCGACAGUAUCUUUGCGGCCAACGUCAACAUCACCGGCAAAUUGUUCGUCGACAGCUCCACCAUCGCCCCGGAAUGGUCCAAUGCCACAGCCAAACGGGUCAUCGAAGCUGGCGGGGAGUUCGUCUCAAUGCCAGUCAUGGGCGAGCCUGUGGUAGCAGCAGCCAAGAAACUCAUCUGCAUCCCAAGCGGAAAGCCCGAAUCGGUAGACCGAAUCCGACCAUAUCUGGAGGGCGUGGUAUGCCGGGCGAUCGUCGAUCUAAGCGGAGAAGAGCCGGGCACCUCGUCCCUCCUGAAGCUGAUGGGCAACUUCCUGAUCAUGACGACGAUGGAGACGGUGGCGGAGGUCAACGUCUUUGCCGACAAGUCGGGGAUCGGCACCAAGAACAUGAACAAGCUGAUGGGCGCCAUGUUCCCCAACCCGCCGCAUGCCAUUUACAACCACCGCAUGCUGACGGGCGAGUACUACGAAGGCACACCCAUCGUCGAGGUGUACAAGGCAUUGGCCCUCACCGGCCAGGUCCUGGAUAUGGCCAAAGCAUGCGGCGCCUCCGUCCCCAUCUACGAGGUUGCACGGGAGCACCUGAAGCUCGUGCAGGAGCAUGAAGGGUCCAAGGCCGACAUCACGGGGAUUUAUGGCGCCGUCCGGGUGAAGAGUGGAUUGCCCUACCGGAAUGGCGCCGCGGAGGGGAGCAGCGAUGAGAAGAAGUAAAAGUUAUCCCCCAACUCGGGGGCGCGUGGGUGGAUGGCGAACAUUGAGGAGUACGGAGACAUUCAUGUAAUAAGCUGUUCAGAAUAGGU